UGGCGUGUCUGGGGGAGGGCUAGAACUUAAAAACAAAGUAAACUGUAGUAAUAGUACUUUCAAGAGAAAAACCGGGAGUAAAAAGCAGAAAAGCACAGGUCAGAGGUCACUCCAGACCAUGCAGGGUCUCGGGACCUUGUGGUUCUCGGUCCUGCCAGCUCUCUUGACCGCAUCUUCGUUGUUCAUUGAGGGCGACAGGGACCCCUCGAAGAUCUGCGAACCCCCACCGCAGUGGGAGAUCGACGGCCGUGCCCCCAUGCAGGAGCACCUGGGGAACGUUGUGGUGGUGGCCCUGCUGCAAGCCAGCUGACAGUUCUGUCUCCAGCAGGCCGCCAAUAUGGGAGUCUUACGGAACAAGCUCUUGAGGUAUGGCCUGCAGAACGUGAGCUAUCUGAUCGUCAACCAGCAGGACAUCUCGUCCAGACGCCAGUACCAGGAGCUGAAGAGGAGGGCACCAAAGGAGAUCCCAGUCUACCAACAGGCCCCUCGACAGCAGAAUGUCUGGAAGCUCCUGAACGGCGCCAAAGAUGACUUCCUCAUAUACGACCGGUGCGGGAGACUGACCUUCCACAUUGUCCUUCCGUACACCUUCCUGCAGUACCCCUACGUCGAGGCGGCCAUCUGGGUGUCCUACCGCAAGGACAUCUGCGGCAACUGCUCCUUUUACUCUACAGAAGCAGAAAGCUUGAACGGCACCAAACUGACAGAGAAUAAUGGCACGGCUAACAUCACGACCAACGUCACGGCCGACGUCCCGGGUGGCGACGCUGCAGGGGAACCUAAUACUGAGAUAGAGGAAGGGGACACGGAAGAGCCGUUGAAGAAGGGUUGGGCUGCUGAAGUCCCUGAGGGGCAACACCAUCAUCCACACAGCCAUGGGAAGAGGCUACAGAAGCAACAUCUUCCACAUCACCAUAAUGACCGCCACCACACCCAGGGUGGACACUAGACUCAGGGAAGAUUCAAUUGCCUCUCUCUCGGAAAUAUCUAAAAUGUGGACCAUGGCGUCCAUUCCAUUAUCAGAGUCCAUCAGAGUACCCUGUUUACUGUGAAACUUUGCUUUGCUGUAGUUCACCAUCUGCUCUCUCUUUGUUAGUUAUAAUAUGCUAAUUCCCCUGGGUGCCGAUCAAGACCAUGGGACGGGAACUAAAACAAACUGCAAAGAUGUAAAACACCCUAAGUGUGCAUGGGAUUAGCCUUUUCAUUCUUCAUUAAUGGCAACCAGAGCAAAACUGGGUAGCUCUGGUAUCUCACACCUCCUCAACUGUGCUUUGAACAUGGGUUCCAAUUUGGCUAGGUGUAUCUGGAGCCUGCUUAUUCUCCCCAUGUUCACAUUUACUCUGGUUUCCUCCCACAGUCCAAAGAUGUGUUUCAGGUGAACUGGUGACUAAAUUGCCCAUUGUAUGUGUGCGUGUGCUUACCCUGCAAAGAACUUUUGUCCCAACCCAGGUGCACCCUGCCUUCUGAGAUGCAAAUCUGGGAGAAAAAUUAUUUUUAUUAGAUGUAUAACUUCAACCACAUAUCUCUUAUCCUAAAUAUUUCUUUAAAUGGUCAUGGAUGUAUGAAAUACUUGUAAUUGUCUAUAUGAUACAGUACUGUGCAAAAGUUUUAGGCACUUGGUUGUGGAAAAAAGCUGUAAAGUGAGAAUGCUUCC